AUGUCGGUGGCUUCGGUUCAGCCAGUAGCGGCUCAGCCAGUGAGUCAGAUCGCAGCAGUGCAGCCGUUGGGUCAGAUUGCACCGGCGCCGCGGGGUUACUCUUCAGUGGAGACUGGCGGGACUAGUCAGACCGGGCAGAUCACAGGGACCUUGUUAGUGGGCGGUUUUGAGUCCCACGUUUUAUUCGACUCUGGAGCAUCGAAUUGCUUCAUUACACCGGAGCGUGCCGAGAAGAGUGGCAUCCGGAGUAGCGCGGGCGAGAGCGCGGGCAUGGUCAAGGUGGCGGGAGGUGGAUUCUUGUCUACUUUGGGCCGUGCUAGAGGAGUCGAGAUCGAGAUUGCGGGGCAGUCAAUGCCAGCAGACUUAGUCAUCAGUCCGGUGGAGCUGUAUGACGUUAUUCUCGGGAUGGACUGGUUGUCACACUACAGAGUUCAUCUGGAUUGCUACAGAGGUAGAGUGGUCUUCGAGCGAGAUGCAGGGAGGUUGGUUUAUCAGGGAGUGAGACCGACUUCCGGGAGUAUUGUGAUAUCUGCUAUUCAGGCCGAGCAGUUGUUAGAGCGGGGCUGUGAGGCGUAUCUGGCGACGAUUUCUAUGUCUGAGUCAGGAGCUGGAGUUGUUAUGGGAGAUAUUGAGGUUGUCCAGGAUUUUGAGGAUGUCUUUCAGUCACUGAAGGGAUUACCACCAUCUCGGUCUGAUCCUUUCACGAUUGAGUUAGAGCCGGGGACAGCACCGAUAUCGAAGACGCCUUACAGGAUGGCGCCAGCUGAGUUGGCAGAGCUGAAGAAGCAGAUAGAGGACCUUUUGUCUAAGGGGUUCAUUCGACCGAGUGUUUCACCGUGGGGAGCACCGGUGUUGUUUGUGAAGAAGAAGGAUGGAGUUUCAGACUUUGUAUCGAUUACAGAGAUUGACUUGGCAUCGGGGUAUCAUCAGAUCCCGAUAGAUGAGGCAGAUGUCAGGAAGACUGCUUUCAGGACGCGUUAUGGGCAUUUUGAGUUUGUGGUUAUGCCUUUCGGUUUGACUAACGCGCCGGCAGCCUUCAUGAGAUUGAUGAACGACGUGUUCAGGGAGUAUUUGGACGUGUUCGUCAUCAUUUUCAUUGAUGAUAUUCUGGUAUACUCGAGGAGUCAGGAGGAGCAUGCGACUCACUUGAGGUUGGUUCUGGAGAAGCUUCGGGAGCAGAAGCUUUUUGCUAAGUUGAGCAAGUGCAGUUUCUGGCAGCGAGAGAUGGGAUUUCUUGGCCACAUUGUUUCUGCAGAGGGAGUUUCUGUGGAUCCGGCUAAGAUUGAGGCUAUCAGAGAUUGGCCUAGACCUAGUAGUGCCACCGAGAUCAGGAGUUUUCUGGCUGAGUGUGAGGAGAGCUUUAGUCAGCUCAAGGAGAUGUUGACUACUACACCAGUGUUGGCGUUACCCGAGCCAGGGAAGCCUUACAUGGUGUAUACAGAUGCUUCAGGCAUUGGUCUUGGUUGUGUGCUGAUGCAGGAGGGCAGAGUGAUAGCAUAUGCUUCGAGACAGUGGCAGGGCAGUGAGCGUAACCGUCCUACACAUGACUUAGAGUUGGGAGCAGUGAUCUUCGCGUUGAAGAUUUGGAGGUCUUACUUGCUAGGUGAGACAGUACAGGUCUUCACGGAUCACAAGAGUUUGCAGCAUAUCUUCACUCAGCCGAUGAUGAACGCGAGACAGACGCGCUGGGUUGAGUUCUUGGCGGAUUAUCAGGUGAGCAUUAACUACCAUCCGGGCAAGGCUAACCUAGUGGCGGACGCGUUGAGUAGACGGAGGUAUGAUUCCGCAGUUGAGCGAGAUGUGGAGUCUCUAGUUGGCGAGAUCAGUACCUUGCGUUUGUGUGCCAUUUCGCAUGAGCCUUUUGAUAUACCUCUAAUUUACCCACUUUUUAUACUGUUUUAG